CAGUUCUUCAGUUACUGCAUGAGCAUACCGGUCCGCAACAUAUAUUACAUGAUGUUGAUUAUUCACUAUCUAAAAUAGGAAAGCAGGCUAUAGAUCCGUCCGUUCAUCCAUCCAACAUAAAUACAUUCGAGAAAUGAACGGAGCUGGGGCAUUCCGCUUUCAAUUUCGUUCCAUUUGUCCCAUCCACCGUCCCUUACUGGACCGGAGGCUCGCUAUCUUGCUUGUUAUUUGAAGUGAGUUAGCGAGUGAAUUUAGCCAGCUAGCUAAUAAAAACGAUUAGUACCGUUUAAAUCCAUCAACUAUCCUUGUUGUCGCGAGGUUCGCUUCUCUGUGAAGAAGACUGAUCGAAGCUGAGAUGAACCAAUUUGAACAUCUGAAAGAUGAAGACCCAGAGGAUCAGGAUGAGACUGUCUGUAACCGGGAUGAAGACUGCGCCAUCAACAACAAUCGACGCAAGAACUGGCAUCACUGACGGACUUGACCAGACGGUGAGUCCUGCAGCAGGCGAACAUCCUCUACAGUAUAACUACUCCUUGUGGUAUUCUCGGAGGACUCCGUCCCGGCCCGCCAACACACAGAGUUAUGAACAGAACAUCAGACAGAUCGGCACGGUCGCCUCGGUGGAACAGUUCUGGAAGUUUUACAGUCACCUGAUCCGACCGGGAGAUCUGACUGGCCACUCCGACUUCCACCUGUUUAAAGAGGGAAUCAAACCCAUGUGGGAGGAUGAAGCUAAUAAGAACGGUGGGAAGUGGAUCAUUAGGCUGCGGAAAGGUCUGGCCAGCAGGUUCUGGGAGAACAUUAUUCUGGCCAUGUUGGGAGAACAGUUCAUGGUGGGAGAGGAGAUCUGUGGAGUGGUGGUCUCUAUACGCUUCCAGGAAGACAUCCUGUCUAUAUGGAAUAAGACUGCCAGCGAUCAGGUGACGACAUCUAGAAUCCGAGACACUCUUCGACGCGUCCUGAACCUCCCACCUAACACCAUCAUGGAGUACAAAACACACAACGACAGCCUCAAGGAUAAUUCCAGCUUUCGCAACACAAAGAUCACCCUGUGAAGAGAUGGAGAGCAGGCAAGAGGAGGAGGGAGAGACAGGAGAGGAGGGAGGAGG